CAAGACGCCGUCGCGAGCUCGCAUUACGCAUUACUCGCGCGGAGUCAGAAGCCCGGCCCUCCAAGCCCUACUUCGGCUGCUGACACGGAGAUGCAUGGGCCCCCGGAAGCUGCAACAAGAAGACGAACUUGAUCUUUUCAUGAUUAUCCGCAGCUGCGCAGACGAAAACCACAGCGGGGAGUUGAACUGCAUGAGAACCCGGAACCCUUAACUCAACCCAGCAGGCUUCAAUUGUAUCAAUUGGCAUUACUCUAGAUAUACUUGGCCCGUGCCUGUAUCCCCUCGCAUCAUUUGCAAGGUUGUGCGUCAAUCAAUCGCUGCGUGACGAUGCUGGCCACGGCCGCAAGCAAGCUCGGCCUAACAGGCCUGGGCAUUCAGGCAAUCAGUGCGGUCGGUAACUCGAUUCGCCAGUUCUCGUCGACCGAGAACACCGACCUGAAGCAGGCGCUUCGUGAGCUCAUUCCGGCGCAGCAGGAGCGCCUGAAGGCCCUGAAGAAGGGCCAUGGCUCCAAGUCGCUGGGCGAGGUGACCGUGGAUAUGGCGAUCGGCGGCAUGCGUGGCAUCCCGGGCAUGCUGUGGGAGACGUCGCUGCUGGACCCGGAGGAGGGCAUUCGCUUCCGUGGCCUGUCCAUCCCCGAGCUGCAGGAGAAGCUGCCCGCGGCCGUCCCCGGCGGCCAGCCCAUCCCCGAGGGCCUGCUGUGGCUGCUGCUGACCGGCCAGGUGCCCACCAGCAGCCAGGCUGCUGCUGUGACUGAGGAGCUGCGGGCCCGCAGCAACGUGCCGCUGCACCUGCGCAAGGUGCUGGACGCGCUGCCCACGGAGGCGCACCCCAUGACGCAGCUCAGCAUGGGCAUCAUGGCGCUGCAGUCCGGCAGCCGCUUCCAGUCCGCCUACGCCCGCGGCGUGCACAAGUCGCGCUACUGGGAGUACGCGUACGAGGACUCCAUGGACCUCAUCGCCAAGCUGCCGCAGCUGGCCGCCACCAUCUACCGGCGCACCUACCGCCGCGGCGAGUACAUCCCGCCCUCCUACAACCUGGACUGGGCUGCCAACCUGGCGCACAUGAUGGGCUAUGAGGACCCGGGCUGCCUGGAGAUGAUGCGCAUGUACCAGACCAUCCACUCGGACCACGAGGGCGGCAACGUGUCGGCGCACGCCACGCACCUGGUGGGUUCGGCGCUGUCCGACCCCUACCUGUCCUUCGCCGCCGGCAUGAACGGGCUGGCGGGUCCGCUGCACGGCCUGGCCAACCAGGAAGUGCUGCGCUGGCUCAAGGACCUGGUGGCCAAGCUGGGCCCCUCUCCCGGCAGGGACGCUGUUCGCAAGUACGUGGAGGACACGCUGGCCAGCGGCAAGGUGGUGCCGGGCUACGGCCACGCAGUGCUGCGCAAGACGGACCCGCGCUACACAUGCCAGCGUGAGUUCGCGCUCAAGUACAUGCCCGACUACCCGCUGUUCAAGCUGGUGGCGGACCUGUACGAGGUGGUGCCCGAGGUGCUGGGCAAGACCGGCAAGAUCAAGAACCCCUGGCCCAACGUGGACGCGCACAGCGGCGUGCUGCUGCAGUACUACGGCAUCACGGAGGAGAACUACUACACGGUGCUGUUCGGGGUGUCGCGCGCGCUGGGCGUGCUGUCGCAGGGCGUGUGGUCUCGCGCCCUGGGCCUGCCCAUCGAGCGGCCCAAGUCGCUCACCAUGGCGGCGCUGGAGCAGCGCGUCGCCGGCCAGUCCGCGUAAACACACACAUGAAGGAGGGAGGGGUGGCCGUGCGCGGUGGCCUGGCGAGGCCAUGUGGGCAGUGCGUGUAUGUAAUGUGUAUAGCAUCGUUAUAGCAGGGAUUGUGGCGGGGUGUGACCGGAUCAAUAACAGCCGAUAGAGCCGGCGUAGCCUGUAGGCAGCGCAUGCACGGUGCAUUCUGCCGAGGUGUUUGGAGAAGGUGAAAAUGGAGUGCAUGACGCGCAUGAUUCCACCAACCUGCGCGGCUGGGCUGGAGCAGUGUGAGCGGUGAGGCUGAGGGAGCGCCCCGCGGUGCGAAGGAACUUCGGGAACGGGCGGUAUAGCACUGAUAUGUCGCAGACGUUGCACUGUUUUGGGACCGCAUUGUUCGUUGUCGGUCCUGCUUUGGUUGCGCAUUUGCGGGGGGCGGGUUGCGUUCGGAGUCUCGUAUGGCAUGACAGUCUGGUGCAGAUGCACGGCAUUAUACAGGUUUAAGUAGCAUGGGCGGCCCUGGGGCGGCCCGAGGAUGGGGGUAAUUCGGGAUUCUGAUGUCAUGUCCGUCGGACCG